CGCCUUGCGUGUCGGGGGGAGGCCGCUCUCGUGAAGGCGAAGAGUGCUUUGCUGCAGCCGGGUAGGCGUUGGGGCCCUUCCCUCAGGCGCUCCAAGCUGCGGGUCCACAGCGGAUCCUCAAAGAAAAAAAACAAACCCCAGGCUCCUCUCCCGAGGACGAGAGUUGCAGUGUUCCCUGGCCCCGGGUGCAGCCGGAACUUAAUCAGUAAGAUGCCUUUGUGGACUCGACAGUUUUCCAGAUACUGCUCUUUGUUAAAUGCAUACAAUAUUAUAAAGAGUACAGAGCUGAGAAAGCAAUCAAUAAAAAUGUGGACACGUUUUCUUGAACCGUCAGAUUUGCAGUGCUUUUGUCCUUACGGAUAUUAUUGCCACGUGCUGUUAAAGAAGUUUAGAACUUUGCAUCUGGAUAAUCACAGGCAAUUCUGCAGCUCAAGUACUGAGCCCCAACAGACCUCACUUUCUUUCAUUGACAAGCCAAAACCUGAGAUAGUGCCUACUGUAGAUACCGAAGAAUUGCUUCAAGAUUUGGACGAUGAUUUGCCUAUAUCUCCCUUGGAGAAAAUUUCAGAAGAUGAAUCUCUUCAAAUCAAAGCUGCACCACCACCUCCAUUAGAAUCUUUCUCACUUAGAGAUUAUGUUGACCAUUCGGAAACAUUGCGCAAAUUGGUGCUUCUAGGUGUCAACUUGUCCAUGGUGGAAAAACAUCCAAAUGCAGGCCAGCUUCUUGUAAAACUAGAUUUUGAAAAUGAUAUUAAAAGAAUCCUUCUAUUUCUUAAGGAUAUUGGUUUGGAAGAUACACAGUUUGGCGCAUUUCUCACUAAAAAUCCUUAUAUUCUCAGUGAAGAGGUGGAAGAUCUAAAAACAAGGGUCAACUAUCUAAUAUCAAAAAAGUUUUCCAAAGAAGCAGUCACACAAAUGGUCUUAAGGGCUCCAUGUUUACUUCUUCUUUCUGUGGAAAAACUGGAUGAUAGAUUGGGUUUCUUCCAAAAUGUACUUGGACUAAAUCCAAGAAAGACUAGAAAUCUGGUAAUCCGUCUUCCAAGAUUGCUAACUGGCAAACUUGAACCAAUUGAAGAAAAUCUUUCAGUAUAUGAGCAAGAACUUGGAUUUAGUAAGAAUGAAAUCCGCCAUAUUGCACACACUGUCCCUAAGAACUUAAGUACAAGCAAAAAAAAAUUAACACAGAUUUUUGAUUAUGUGCAUAAUGUAAUGGGCAUUUCCCAUAGACUUAUGGUACAUUUUCCUCAGAUUUUUAAUACAAAUUUUUUACGAAUCAAAGAAAGACAUCUAUUUCUUAAGUUCCUGGGAAGGGCCCAAUAUGAUCCGGAGCAACCAAGUUACAUCUCCUUGGAAAAAUUGAUAGCCUUGCCAGAUGAUGUGUUUUGUGCUGAAGUUGCUAAAGCAGAAGAAACAGACUUUGAAAAAUUUUUGAAAACGCUGUAAAGAACUUUUUUUUAAAUAUAAACACAUCUGGUAGUAUGCCUUUCAACUGCAAAUUUUGACAAAACUUUGUCAAUAAGUAAACUGACUUCUAAAUAUGCAAACUAAUUUAGAAAUAAGAUAGCACUUAUAUACAAGUGUGCUGAUAAAUGUUACAUAAGAAAACAAAACAUCAUAAACCAAAUAAAAGGAUUGAGCAUUUAUACUCAUGAGUGCAACCACCAGUGUUUCCUGUCAGUGACCUAGAUGUAAUGUUUACCUAAGUAUAAAAAUACCUGGUUUUAGAUUUAUUCCACAGUGAAUAAACCAAUAUUAUUACAU